UGGGUGGACCUCCCAGGGUUGCCUGCCUACUCGCGUGUGUAUAUGUGGAUGUGUAUGUGUGUGUGUGUUCUUCCCACCAAACCAUCUGUCAGAAGUUUCCGACUGAUGAAAGCGUUACAUGCGGUCAUUGUCCGCAGUUGAGUCGCGCAAACUUGUGAUUGGCGUCUUCCUAAGGAAGGACGAGAGACAUUACGUGUGUGCUCAAGACUCCCUUCCAGGCUUCCGUGUGAAGGUCAAUAAUCUUGCGUGGAGCUUUUGGAGCCAGCCGGGAUGAUUCUGGCCACAUUGAAGGACAUUGGGAAGCAGCUCCUCCGGGUGAAGGUUGUGGACUGCAAUGCGGAGGACUCGCGCCUGUCUCGAUGCCUCAACACGUUUGACCUGGUGGCCCUGGGCGUGGGCAGCACGCUGGGCGCCGGAGUGUACGUGCUCGCCGGCGCUGUGGCGCGGGACAGUGCCGGACCUGCCAUCGUCCUCUCCUUCCUCAUAGCUGCCCUGGCCUCGGUCCUGGCCGGACUGUGCUACGCCGAGUUCGGAGCCCGCGUCCCCAAAACUGGCUCGGCCUACCUCUACAGCUAUGUGACGGUUGGGGAGCUGUGGGCCUUCAUCACAGGCUGGAACCUCAUCCUCUCUUAUGUUAUCGGAACUUCGAGUGUGGCCCGAGCAUGGAGCGCAACCUUUGAUGAGCUGAUUGGACAACACAUUGAGGUUUUCUGCAGACGUUACAUGACCAUGAAGGCCCCGGGCCUCCUGGCAGAGUAUCCAGACGUAUUCGCUGUCCUCAUCAUUAUAACUCUGACAGGACUGCUUGCAUUUGGAGUGAAGGAGUCAGCGAUGGUAAAUAAAGUGUUCACCUGCAUCAAUGUGCUGGUGCUGCUUUUCAUGACCAUCUCUGGCUUCGUCAAAGGAAACCUGAAAAACUGGAACUUGAACCCUGAAGAAAUCCUCAAUGGCACCAGCAACUCCAGUCUUAAUAUAUCUGACUCCUUACCUUCAGAAGAAAGUCUCGGUGAAGGCGGCUUCAUGCCUUUUGGCUGGACCGGAGUCCUCUCCGGUGCUGCUACCUGUUUUUAUGCCUUCGUAGGUUUUGACUGCAUUGCCACUACAGGAGAAGAAGUGAAGAAUCCUCAGAGGGCCAUUCCCAUCGGGAUCGUGGCCUCACUCCUCAUCUGUUUUGUGGCAUACUUCGGCGUGUCCGCAGCCCUCACUAUGAUGAUGCCCUACUACUUGCUGGAUAAGAACAGCCCACUGCCAGUAGCCUUUAAGUAUGUGGGCUGGGAGGGAGCCACGUAUGCCGUGGCCAUUGGCUCUUUAUGUGCCCUGUCGACCAGUUUACUAGGCUCCAUGUUCCCAAUGCCCAGAGUGAUCUGGGCCAUGGCAGAAGACGGCUUGCUCUUCAAAUGUUUGGCCAGCAUCAGCCCACGAACCAAAACCCCUCUAACAGCUACAGUAACAUCUGGUGUUGUGGCAGCUGUGAUGGCUUUCCUGUUUGACUUGAAGGACCUGGUAGACCUCAUGUCCAUUGGCACUUUGCUGGCCUAUACUCUGGUGGCUGCCUGCGUGCUGGUCCUCAGGUACCAGCCUGAACAGCCCAGUGUGGCCUACGAGAUGGCCAACACUCAGGAUUAUGAGUCUUAUAACGAUGGGAACACUGACAUACUACCGCAACCAGAGGAUCGCUUCACCUUCAAGAAUCUACUCUUCCCUUCGAACACAGAUCCGUCCCCUCUGUCUGGGUUUGCCGUCAACAUUUGCACCAGCAUACUUGGUGUUUUGGUGUGUGUCUUCAGUGUGGUAGCGGUUCAGGGAGGGCUGGCUGCUUGGUCGCUGUCUGUCCUCGCUGUUGUCAUGGCCGUGUGUCUGAUUGUCACCUUGAUUGUGUGGAGACAGCCGCAGAGCAAGGCCAAGCUUGCCUUCAAGGUUCCGCUGCUGCCCUUUGUCCCAGUCAUUAGUAUGUUCAUCAACGUCUAUCUGAUGAUGCAGCUCGACAGAGGAACCUGGGUGCGCUUUGCCAUCUGGAUGUUCUUAGGUUUCUGUAUCUACUUUGGCUAUGGUAUUCGCAACAGUGCAGAGGCAGUGUCGACCACGCCAGCCUGCACGAUAAAGGGAGAGCCCAUGGCCACAGAUAAGGAAGCCUUCCUACACGACACACAAAACACCGCCGGAGAGGACGAGGACGAGGACGAGGACGAUUCCUGAGGAAACGGGAGGUUCACUAAUCCCCUCUGUUUCUGUCCUGUUAAACUCUCCGAAAUAGCUGCCGAUCCAGGAGACGUAUGGAGACGCUUACCCUCCAAUCAGAGCGUUGACUCGUUUCCUUAUUUCAGACACAACUUUUAAUGAAAGUAGAGAGGCUAAUUAGAUGUAAAAGGUAGGUAACAACAUUUUAAAAAGAUAAGAUGAGUCUGGAUACAUCUUAAAACCAAUAUUUCAUUUCAGAAACCUUAAUUUUUCUAUGUUUUUUUAAUUCUAUUUCUGUGGAACCAAAGCAACCAAAGGCAACGAACAAGUCGUUUUAAACAAAGUUUUUCUUUUUUUUUUUUUAAGGCAACUGGUGUCCGUAUAUCUAUUGUUAAACAUAAUUUUGGUUCCUUCAUCCGCAGUAUAUAUCUGCAUUAGGAGGAACAGUGCCUGCUACUGUGUCCACAUCCCAUGGGAGAUUAUUUUUUUAAAUCCUUUAUUUCACACGUGAAUUAAUUGCAUUGAAGGGGCUGUACUUGAUAUUUAGAAGAAGAAUGGUCUGGGAUUGCCUCCACACUGCUUUCCCAACUCAUCAAAUACUGUCGCUUUGUCACGGCCCUCGGGGUCGGAUAGACGCACAAGGUACUUACGUGCACUCGCAUGCACGCACAUGCACGCGCGGCCGGACCAGCUAUCACAACAGAAAAACCGAGAAGCUUGGAUUCCAACACACACACAGAGGGAGUGUGACUUCAUUCUCUGCUCAGGACCCCAGUACUCCACUGUACCUUUACAUAGCAGUCAUUGACUGCUAUAUUAUUGUUCUUGAGUACAGCCCCUUUAAUUCAGAGAAUCUGCAAAUAAUUCUUCUGAAACUCAGCUGAGAAUUUCACUGUAUCUUUGGUGCCGUUUUGUGUGGUAAGUUUACCUCAGAGGUACCUGUGUUUUACAUCGACAGUAUAUCUGAGAAUAGUGCCCCAUUGUGCUCUGAUUAAGUGCUCUGUGAUCAGUAUAUCUCAGUGUUUUAUCUUCUAAAUGAUUGAUGGUUUCCUUACAGUGCACAUUUGCCAGUGAUCAAAUACACUGUCUCCAUCAGGGAACUUUGCGUGUUUUUCUUAUCUAGCCCAAGAAAAAAAAGCUGCUAAUGUGAAAUGAUUUCUCCGAUACUGCAGAAGAUGUAUUUUUAAAGUGCCUUUUUCCCAAAUGAAUUCCACCUUUUUAGAGAUAUCGCUUUAUCACCAGCUAGAAUUGUGAAAUAUAUAUAUAUAUAUAUAUAUAUAUAUAUAUAUAGUCUGUAAAUAAUGUACACUUUGGAUUUUGAAAAGCAUAUAUUUAUAAUAUAUCAGAGACAUUUCACCUUAGUGGACUGUUUUCACGUUUUAGUUCACAUACAUCUGAAUGGGAUGAAGCACAAUCAAUCGGUGAUAUUGAACACCUUUCGGUUUCCAUAGUGAUAUAUUAAUACUGUAUACUCAGAAACAUGCUGCACCAAGCGUUCUAGCAUGGCUCAGCAGUAACCCGUGUGAAAGUGCCUCAGCCCGUCAGACAGGAUUGGAUGAUUACGGAAGGGAGGGCUGAUUGCGAGUGUGUGCAGAUUCCCAGGGCAGCUAAAACCUGAACGUGACCUAUCAAACUGUGUGUGUUCGCUAAAGACUGAAAAAAAUUCCACAAGGUGAAACCUCUCUUUACUCUGUCCCUUUUUUUUAAAAUGAGCCCUACGAUGAAAUGUUUUCUUUUUUCACUCUGUAGUUAUUACACACAGGCCUGGAAUACACACACAACAUGCUCAGUAUACAUGCACUAUGGGAGAGAUGUCAGCG